AUGACAGAGAUACCAUCAAACAUAUUGGGCGACCCGCCAAAAUACGUCAGGCAGUCUGUAAUGAGCCGGUGCAUUCAGUCGUCGACUGACGCAACAGACUCAGAUCUGGACGCAGAUUUAGAUGUUGACAUGGACGACCCAACAUUUGAACUGCCGCUAAAGGCCAAAACAAGACUUUCCAGGUCGACCAACUUCCCUGAUUUGGAGCCGGUGGUGAGCUUCGACAAAAGGGUCAGGUUUCAGAGCCAAACAACUUCUCCCUGGUCCUCGACGUUGUCCGAGGAAAGGAUUGGCGAUUUAGAACCGGAUUAUAUGGACGUUCCGACGCCCAAAGUCAUCUCACAGGCUCAUCGCAAACCACACAUAGAAGACGUCAUCCAACAUGCCCAUAGCCUGAACCGAUAUCUGGACCAGAAUAUGGACAAGAUAAACUCGUUCCAGUCUGGAAUAUAUGAUCAGGAACACGAUAACCCGUUCCCACUGAGCCACAACUUUGCCAGUAUCAUUGCUACUGCUCCUACUACCUCUUCGCGAUCGGUGUCGAAUUUUCAAUUAAGUGAAGGUGAUCAAAGCGAUCUGCUGGAGAAAUUUCAAUCCGACCACGAUAGCAUUUCCGGCGCAAUUCUGCAGGAUGACACGGAAAGCGAGGACCGCAAAAUCAAACAGAUACUGUCGAGCCAUCAGACUGCAACCUAUCCACUUUCGGAGAAUCAUUCCACCAGGAGUUUAGCCAAGGACGACCUUAAGCGCGGGCCCGAUGAACUACAUCAUGUACCUUCCUUAGUAUCUUUGAGGUCGCUAGCAAAUGAUACCACAGUACCUUGCUCACCUGAAGUAAUGAAUUUUGAGUUUCUCAAGCCGCAUAUCUCUCUGCCUCAGCGUCCGGACACGGGGGGAGAUGGCCAAGAAAUAAAUGAAAGUCCUCCCGAUAUGGACGCCCAGGCGGCCCUCGAGUUAUUUGCCUCUACCAUAACGUAUAUUCUCAAGCUGAGCGAAACUGUGGAGAUAAGUCCCGAAGAUGUGACGCCUCUUUUUGGAGCAUUUAAAAUGAAGUCUAUUCCAACGUUAGGGUAUGAACAGUACCUCCAGAGAAUCCACAAUAAGUUUUUGUUUGCACCUAUUGUAUAUCUCACAGCAGCACACCUUUUGCAAGGGUUGAUAUUAGAAAAGAGAACUGCUGAUGACCACAAACUCACUUGCAAGUUCAAGAUCGAACAGUCACAAGUGCACCGCUUAAUAAUAGCCAGUGUGCGAAUAGCCACCAAAUUACUUGAGGAUUGUGUGCAUUCGCACAUGUAUUUCAGCCGUAUAUGUGGGAUCUCUAAAAAGCUCCUCACGAAGGUCGAGGUCGCCUUGCUUCAAUGUUUGCAGUUUGAGGGACUGAAAAUUACGAACAAAAGUUUAAUGAACGUCACAAAGAUCCACCAGGAACUAAGUGAAAUGACUAAAUAG